UCGUACUAUCGAGGACUACAGCAAACAGUUGAAAUUCCAACUGUCGCUAUACUUAGUUAUAAUAUGAAUAUGUUAUAUAUUAUUGUUAUACAUAUAAUGGACGGUUGAAUGUAUUGGGACUGUAUAUAAUAUGUAAAUUUUACUAUUCGAGGGUUUUACAUUAACACGGAAGAUCUCCGAUGUUAUUUGAAAUUCUGUGUAGAAGAACGUAUCACGAUUUAAAUUAUUAGUGUUUGUUAAAGGUGUAUCGAAAGACGUCUGUGUAAUCUAUAACUGCGCAAUCCUACAAUCUUAAUAACCAUGUUACUAUUACGUUUCAUUAAUUAUUUAUUUUGACCAUUGCCUGAUAUCGGUUCACUGUAAAAUGUACUUGUACGUCACGCGCGAUCAUAACCUGAAAAUGAGACCAUGAUAGUUCUGUAGUUUCUUAUGUCACGUGGUAAAUGCGCGCUGCAAGGAUUAUAUUGAAUUGUUGCUUCUAAAUUUUAGCCUAGUUAGGGUGAUGUACAUUUAUUAUUUGACAGCCAGACCUAUGUAUUAUGCGUCAAAUUUUUAUUAACUCAAUUUUACAUUGUAGUCAUGUUAGCGGUUCAGGCACGGAAGCGGAAGAGAUUGCACAACAAAAUCAGCCAAAAUGAAACCGGGGAGGAUACUAAUUUUGACAUAGUUGUAAAGAAGAACAAGAAGAAAACUGAGAAACCUAAAGGACUGACCGCUAGCGAAAAGAACGCCAGACGCAAGCAUAAGAAGAAAAUCGAGAAGAUUAAAGAGAAGAAAGAUCAAAAGGAAGAUCGGGAGAGAAUCCUCAAGUCAUUGGAAGAGCAUUCGAUAAGUUCUGAGCAGUUGAGCUUGUUCCACAGUCGUGUGGGAGAAAAGCCAAAUACUUUGCUGGUAAAGAGCAUGAAGCGGUCAGCUGUCAUAGUUAACCAUAAAAAAAAGAAGAAGAAAUGCGGUGGCAAACUCGAUAAAAUACUGAAUCCGGUUGUGGAGAAGCCUGCGGCUCUCAGUCCAAGUGAAUCCAGCAGCGAGAGUGAGACAGAUGUUCCUGAAGAACAUACUAGCGACCCUGGAGAAAGCUCUGUUGUGGAAACUAUCCCAGAACCUCUAGAUAUUCCCGAAAUUGUGAAACCGGUGACGACAGUUGAACCCCCUUUCGUGAACAAAUCUGUUGUACCAAAAGAACAAGGACCCAGGAAACCUUCCGCCUAUGUAAGUAUAGAGCGUGAUGCAGAAAUACAAGCAGCCCGCCUUCGGCUACCAAUCCUUGGAGAAGAGCAGGUGAUCGUAGAGAAAGUGACAGAAAAUGAUAUAGUGGUGAUAGUGGGUGCUACUGGUUCUGGUAAAACUACACAAGUUCCACAGUUCUUGUACGAGGCUGGAUACUCUAGUGAUGCUAUUCCUGGAAUCAUAGGUGUAACUGAGCCGAGAAGGGUGGCUGCUAUAACCACUUGCCAGCGUGUGAAGAAGGAACUCAAUCUUCCUUGUGUUUCCUAUCAGAUACGAUACGAAGGCAAUGUUACCGAGAACACGAAGAUAAAGUUCAUGACGGACGGUAUCCUGUUACGGGAGGUACAGUCUGAUUUCCUGCUCACCAAGUACUGUGUCAUUGUGAUCGAUGAAGCUCACGAACGUAGUGUCAACACUGAUAUACUGAUCGGAAUGUUAUCGAGAGUGGUUCCUCUGAGAAGGAAACAAAACAGACCUCUGAAACUGAUAAUAAUGUCUGCCACGCUGCGUGUAACAGAUUUCACUCAGAACGACACCCUGUUCUCCAUCCACUCCGUGGAUGUGGGGGGCGGCAGCACCCAGGUCACUCUACAUCCACAAACAAUGGAAACCAAGGAGGAUUACGUACGUGAGGCUUAUAAAAAGGUGUGCAAACUGCACCGAUCCUUACCACCAGGUGAUGUGUUGGUCUUCUUAACGGGAGUACAGGAGAUAAACCGAAUGAUACAUCUUCUCCGUAAGACGUUUCCUGAAAAAGUAGACAGUGGUGGUGAGGAGAAAGGGGGAAAAGAAGAUGAGCAGGAAGCAAAACCCGUUCAAUUGGACAAGUAUGAUCCUUACGAGAACAAGGAUGAUAACCCUACCGAGCCUAUGAAACGAGUAGAAGUAACAGACAGUGAAGAGGGUCCAGCUGAAAGUUCAGAUUCAGAAGAUGAAGAAAUGAGAUGUCAACUACUGAACUCGGUCACUGCCCCCUCCUUGCCCUUGCCGAUGUACCUAAGCUUACCCCGGACCAACAACCAAAGAGUAUUUAACUCCCCAAUCAGUGAAAACUACAGAUUGGUAAUUGUCGCAACUAACGUCGCUGAAACAUCCCUAACCAUCCCGGGCAUCACGUACGUGGUAGACUCCGGUAAAGUGAAGACCAAAGAGUACUGUCCGGUUACUGGCAUGUCUCAGUUCAGGGUAGUUUGGGUCUCUCACGCUUCAGCAGAGCAGCGUGCUGGACGUGCAGGACGUACUGGGCCUGGUCACUGUUACCGGCUUUAUUCCAAUGCUGUGAUGGGAAAUGUUAUGGAGAAACACACUGAACCAGAGAUUUCAAAGAAACCAAUAGAUGGGUUAGUCCUCCAGAUGAAGAAUUUGAAUAUUCACAGGAUUCUAAACUUCCCCUUCCCUACCCCUCCUUCUUUGUCACUUAUAGAAACCGCUGAAAAAGAGCUUCAAUUUUUGGAGCUGUUGAAACCAGGACAGACAGUGAGCAAUACGCCCGUAAACAAGAUAACAGAACUCGGGAAACAGUGUGUAAAUCUCCCUGUGGCACCACGUUUCGCCAAACUCAUCCUCCUUGCAGUCAAAGAAAAGGUAACACAGUUUGCCUGUCCCCUGGUCGCUGCUCUCUCAGUUGGUCACCUCUUCACAGCCCAAUCCAUCUCAUUUCAACAUAAAGGUGGUCCAGCCAAACUUCUGGGUGACUUCAUGGUGAUUCUUACAGCGGUUGGAGCGUGGGAACAUGCCGGUGCGGGACAGCCCUGGAGCACGACUCAUCACCUCCGGUACCGUGCCUUGGUGGAGAUCAGACAGUUGCGGAGACAGACUUUGGAGGAGAAAGGGACGGGUACUGAUGAGUAUAGCACGGAGUUGAUGGAGGAAAGGGUCCAGUUACACCAUGAGAGUGUACUUUACGGAUUGCACACGGAGUACGUGGGGUUCUGCACCUUGGAACAGGAGACCUCAGGAGUGAAACUGAAGACAGUGUUCGGGAUCGAAGAGGAGUGGUUACCAAUCCUCUUACCCAACAAGUGCACGUUCUCCGAUCCGCUCGAUCAACCUCCCCCUGCUUACUCUAAUAUUACGGGCGAAGUGAUGUGUCACCGUACCUCUACAUAUGGUUUGAGAUCCUGUGUACCAGCUGCCAACCUCUCUUACCCGGUAGGAAUGAAGAGGUUCAGAGAGUUCGCAGCAGCACUACUCGAGGGAAAGGCUUGUACUUUUUGUCUGUUGUUAUCCCGGCAUUGCAACACUACGACUCUCUUCUUUCUAGCUCGUCCAGGAGUUCUCAGGAAAUCCUGGGCCACACUCCAGCCUCGGGCUGAGGCCUUCCUGAAACAACUCGUCAACAAAGAUAUCGACACGAAAGAGAAGCUUCUGAAGAUGUGGAAAGAUGAUAGAAACUUCCUUUACUCUGCUUUCUUGCAGUGGCUGCCUCAGUCCACCCACUCGGAGUUGAGAACUGCAUGGCCUCCAGUCGCUGUUUCUAGUAACAAGUGAUGGGGUUAGGAAGAAAACCGAGGAGUGGGAACUGACUGAGUCCGUGCGUUUUUUUUUUUUAACGUUUUUUAGCUGUUAGAUUAUGAAAGAAGUUUGUUUUAACGUUCUUGACCCUUUCACAGAACGUUAUGGAGUAAUGGCCUGAUCUACUAUUUAAAUCUAAAAAAACUUUCAGUGGCCAUUUCCUCAAGAGCCAUUUGAGAUGUAGAAAACUUGUUCAUUGAUACUGAAACUUAUGACUUAUGAGACCCCUUUUCGAGAAUUCAUGAAAUUAAAAACCUAUAUAUUCGACAAGAUGACACUUUGACUUUUUUUUUUUAACCAAAUUUGUUUUUAAGGGUUUUUUUUUUUUAAAGGGUUAUGUAGAUUUUUAAACCAUUAACUUAUUGAUUUAGUCUAUGAAAUGGAAAUGUUGGUG